AUGCUGCAAUUUCACACCCAGGGCUACCAAGGCUAUGCCGUUCAAUACUCACCAUUCUUCGACAAUCGCAUCGCGGUAGCAGCUUCGGCCAACUAUGGACUGGUGGGGAACGGCAGGCUGUUCAUUCUGGAAUUGACUCCGCAGGGCAUACAAUGUCUGAAGUGGUAUCCUACCCAAGACGCGCUCUACGAUCUCGCACACUCGGAAGCACAUUCCGCCCACAUUGUGACUUCGUCCGGCGACGGGUCUUUACGUUUGUACGACACGACCCUUGAACCCGAAUUUCCCAUCGCAACCUUUCAAGAGCACAGCCGAGAAGCCUUCUCAGUCAGGUGGAAUCUUACCUCGAAAGCGACAUUCGCUUCGUCAUCAUGGGAUGGUACAGUCAAGAUCUGGAAUCCAGAGCGUCAACAAAGCCUGUUGACGCUGCCCACCCACUCGUGUACGUACAGCGUUCAGUGGAACCCUCACACGGACGGGGUUAUCAGCGCAGUCUGCUCAGACAGCCACAUGCGAAUGUGGGAUCUGCGCACCCCCGCCAGCGCCAGCAACCACCUCGUCCUACAAGUCCCGAUCCAUUCUCCUCCCAUCGCGACCACCAUGGGCAAGCCACAGCCCACCUUCCCACCGUCCGAAGCACUGACGCACGACUGGAACAAGUACCGAGGCUCAAUCGUGGCAACAGGUGGGGUGGACAGAAUUGUGCGUACAUUUGAUAUCAGACAGCCCAAGGGUCCGAUGCAGCUUCUACAAGGUCAUGGUUACGCAGUGCGGAAACUCGCAUGGAGUCCGCAUCUGCCAGACCUGUUAUUGAGUGCGAGUUAUGACAUGACAUGCCGUGUCUGGACUGAUGGCGGGGACCAGAACGCUGGCGGCGCGAGAGAGCUAGGUAGCAUGGGUGCGCAUACCGAGUUUGCUACUGGUGUAGACUGGUGUCUCUUUGGCAGCGAAGGAUGGGCGGCGAGCUGCGGGUGGGAUUCUCGGGUCUGUGUCUUCGACGUGCGCUCCCUCAUGCGUGCCUAG